UCUGCCAUCCAAGCCAAUAAAGCCAAACUUGGUUGGAUGUAAUCUUAACUCCUGUUGUUUGUCUAAAAGACAUAGUACACGUAACACAUCCAACACCGCUGGCCUUGUGUUAGAUCAGUUGUCAUUUCAUAAAAAUUUCUAUAAUUUUCAUUCUAGAAACGAUCCAAUAAUUUUCAACUGAUAUUUUAGCUUUCCAUACUUAUCCGGUUUAAGCGUCAUCAAAUGGAGAUAACUUUGUUCCCUGUUGGCUAGCUCAAGCUGUAGGGAACAUUCUUGUUCACUGUGAAAUUACAAAAGUGAAGAAAAAUCAUAAAGAAGAUGCAACCCAAAACAGCCUGCAUAACUUGUUUGCUAACAAUAAUAUGGUGGUUGUUCUUGGAAGAAAGUGCUUCUGCUUCAGAAGGACAAUUCAAUCUGCUGAAUUCAGGAUGCAGCCAAUACAACGUCACCAACUUCGGAGAAUUCAGCAGCAAUCUGAACUCAACCUUUGUGCAACUGAGAGAGCAGCUGAUGAACAGCGACAACAAAUAUUUUGCAACAGCUCAACAGGCAAGGGGUUCAAACCCAGCCUAUGCCAUGGUGCAGUGCAGGAAGUACCUUUCCCCAGCUGACUGCUUGGCUUGCUUUGAAGCUGCUCUAUCCCGAAUCAGUAAUUGCUCUGCCAAUGGUGCCCGUGUCAUCUAUGAUGACUGUUUCCUCAGGUACGAGAGCAACGACUUCUACAACCAAACCACACAGGAAGGGCACUCCAUGAUGUGCGGGAAUCAGUCUGCAUCAGAGCCUAGUGCUUUUGAAGCAGCGGUGCAGGGGCUACUAGCCGAUCUUCAAACUGCCACGCCAAGGAUUGACGGUUACUUCGCCGCAACUAAGAAGGAAGUGGUCGGCGGUAGUACUGGCAUUAGUGCGACCGUGUAUGGCGUCGCGCAGUGCAUUGAAACCAUUACUGAAAGUGGGUGCCGAGAGUGCAUGCAGGUGGUCACUAGUGACAUUCAGCGAUGCCCUCCUAAUACAAAUGGUAGGGCUGUCGAUGUUGGUUGUUUCUUAAGGUACUCAAACUCACCUUUCUUUGCCGAUAAUCAAACCAUUGACAUUAGGCCUUUCCUGCGAACCGGUAGUUCAAGCAAGAAAAAGGCAAUUAUAAUAGGAGGAGUGGUUGGAGGUGCAUCACUUCUUUUGCUUAUUAUUAUAGCAUUGCUUGUUUGGUUUAAACUAUCAACAAGGCAAAGAGGGACACUUAGAGGUGACAUAUUGGGGGCAACAGAGUUGCAAGGCCCAUUAAAUUACAAAUACAAAGAUUUGAUGUCUGCUACUAAAAACUUUAGUGAGGAACAUAAAUUAGGAGAAGGAGGUUUUGGUGAUGUAUACAAGGGUGUUUUAAAGAAUGGGAAAAUAGUUGCAGUCAAGAAACUAGCUGUACUCCAAACCCGAAGAGCAAAGUUAGAUUUUGAAAGUGAGGUGAAGCUGAUAAGUAAUGUUCAUCAUAGGAAUCUUAUCCGUCUUCUUGGAUGUUGCAGCAAAGGACUUGAACUUCUCCUUGUCUACGAAUAUAUGGCAAAUAGCAGUCUUGACAAAUUCUUAUUCGGUGAGAGACGAGGCUCUCUGAAUUGGAAACAGAGAUAUGGUAUUAUUCUAGGCACUGCUAGAGGCCUUACGUAUCUGCACGAAGAAUUCCAUGUAUGCAUCAUCCAUCGUGAUAUAAAGUCUAGCAAUAUCCUUCUGGAUGAUGAUUUCCAACCCAAAAUAGCUGAUUUUGGGUUAGCAAGACUUUUACCCGAGGAUAAGAGUCAUUUGAGCACCAAAUUUGCUGGAACACUGGGAUACACAUCACCAGAGUAUGCUAUCCAUGGACAACUAUCAGAAAAGGCUGAUAUCUAUAGCUAUGGAAUUGUUGUCCUUGAAAUUAUAAGUGGUCAAAGGAGUCAUGAGACCAGUGCCGAUCCUGAUGCUGAGUUUCUCCUCAAAAGGGCAUGGAGAUUGUACGAGAAUAAGAUGCACCUAGAAUUAGCGGAUGAAAGCAUAGAUCCAAAUGAAGACGAAGCAGAAGAUGUGAAAAGAGUCAUAGAAAUAGCCUUGAUGUGCACUCAAGCAACUGCAGCCAUGAGGCCAACCAUGUCCGAAGUUGUUGUGUUGCUGAAAAGUAAAGGAUCAGUCGAACGCAGACCACUUACCAAGCCGACCUUCAUUGAAUCAGAUCAUAAAAGGUUACGAGAAGACACAUCCACAUCAACUGCCUCAUCCGCAUCCAAUGCCACGGCCUCUGUCAGUCAACUAUCAGGUCGCUAACUAUAAACAAUCUCAAUGAAUAUUUAUCUAACAAUUCACUUAUUUUAAUUAAAUCUAAUAAUCUCACUUAUUUUAA